AUACUACAUUUUGCGUAAAUCAUUGUGACGUUAUAAGUCAAAAGGAAGAGUUUAUAGUCUUUAAUUACGCUUUUAGUCGACACUUUGCUUGGUUGAAGUUUUUCUUCCGUUGAAUUUCAUUAGAAAGAUGGCAAAACAAUUGCAAACAGGGCUAGCAGUUUUCUGUAUGAAGGGAUUGCUUCUUAUAUUUAAUUGUUUAUUUUGGGUCAGUGGUAUUGCUCUUUUGGUAGCAGGAAUAUGGAUGAAGAUAACCAUGACACAGAUCUUAAAACUUUCAGUGGAUUACAGUAACAGUGUUCCCUUUUCCUUUAUUGGAAUUGGUAUAUUAAUAACAAUUAUUGGCUUCCUUGCUUGUUUCUGUACAGUAAAAGGACAUUCAACACUACUAUAUUUGUUAAGUAUUUUCUUAAUUGUGGUUUUCUUCAUGGAAGUUGGUAUUGCUGUAGCUGGAUAUGCUUUCAGAAAUAACAUUAGAAGUGCACUGAAGGAUGGAAUUAAGAAGGCUGUAGAUUCGUAUGAAAAUGAUGGAAACCAAGAUCGUAAUAUAGAUUUUGUUCAAAAAAAUAUUAAAUGCUGUGGUGUUGAAAAUUAUGAAGACUGGUUUUUUACCACUUGGGCAAAUGGUUCCAAAAAAGUUCCAAAAAGUUGUUGCAAGUUUGAUAAUUGCCAAAAUAAUCCAGCUAAUAAAACUCAGAUAUAUACGGAAGGAUGUUACCCUGUAUUAAUAAAUGAUAUACAUAAUAAAAUGGGAAUUAUUGCUGGAGUUGCUGUUUCAUUUGCUUGCAUUCAGCUACUUGGUGCCAUAUUGACUUGUUGCCUAGCAAAACGUUCCAAUGCCAUUAGAUAUCAGCCAAUGACUUAAAUAUGAGUUUUCAAGAUUAAAAGUCAUCUUACAA